UAGGUUGUAUAGUUAAUUAGAGUCAAUAAAAUUUCGAAUUAUUUAAGGUACCAUUUUUUCACUCAGCUCAUUUAACUAUCGUUGGUGCUCGGAGUAAAAAUUUUAUCAAGUAGUCGAUGAAAUUAUACAAUUAUACAAUCAUUUAAAAAUAAUAUAGAAAGGUAGUCAUAUUCAAGACAUGAUGAUUUCAAGCAAACUUUCGAAUUAUGCGCCACUGAACCGAUAUAGCUCGAGGUGCGGCGCGCCUUGCGACGCGCAGCUGGUUCGAGUCAUUCGUUUCUUCAAAGUUCAAGCCUCUAGCUUCGAGAUCGUCUGUCCACCUUUAACCUAAAAAGUUUUAUUAAGGGUACACUGCCGGUAUCCCAACACGUGUGUUUAUUCAAAGAGUUCAACAAGUCUUUUAAGUUUAAACAAAGUAAAUUUCAAUCAAUCCAAAAUGGCUCUCGGCAAGCGUAAGUCGACUACACCACAAAAUAAAAAUAAUAAUAAAAAAGCACGAGGACCGUCGAAUGUUAAUACUGACAAAAAGAAGAUUCAGAAGAGAAAACCCACUCAAAAGAAACCAAAUGUGGAUGAUAAAAAGUUAAUUAAAAAAGAAAAUUCUGAGUCUACUACGCCAGUAAAAAAAAGUUUUGACAAAAAGAAGAUCCAGAAUAAAGGACCAAGAAAACCCAACUUGGAUAAGGCGAAAAUGAUCAAAAAAGAAAAGGAGACUGCUGAGAAUGAAAAGCCUAAUUGGCUUGAAUACAAAAAAGAGCAGAAAGAGUUGAGAGAAAAACGACGUGCCAAAAAAUUGGAUGAUGCUUAUGACAUUGUCAUUCAAGCCAAGAAAAUUGGAGAAAAAAUCAGACGGGCAGAAUUACCCAAAGACGAACAAGCAAAAUUGACAAAACAACUUCAUGACUUAUUAAAAACUCAUUAUUUGAAGAUGAUCUUCAUGCACGACUUGUCCAGAGUAAUUCAAUGGCAAAUCAAAUACUCCAAUCCAGAUAUCCAAUUGGAAAUAGUAACUGAAAUACGACCUCAAUUAAUCAAAAUGUUCUUUUGUAAGUACUCAAAAAAUAUUAUCAAAACAUUGCUUAAGACUGCUGGAUCAUCAAAAAUAAAACAAGAAAUUUUAGAGGUAUGUUAUGGUAAUGUUGUUAAAUUAACCAGUAGUGUUUUAUCGGCAUCUAUGUUUGAAAAAAUAUACGUUGAAAUUGCAAGUGUACAGCAAAAGUUAGCUUUUAAGCAAGAAUUUUAUGGCGAUUAUUAUAAAAAAUCAAAGGACAAGAACAUCAAAUCAGUGACGGAUGUUUUUGAACAAUCUCCAGAUAUGAAGUCAGCUACAUUAACAGCUAUGAAAGCUAAUUUGAACAAGAUCUUGAAUAAAAACUUGAUUAAUUCAAGUCUUGUUCAUACAGUUCUUUAUGAAUUUUUAUCACACUGCUCAAAAGAAGAUAAAGAUGAAAUAAUGGCUUUAGCUAGACCUUUGAUCGCUGAAUUGUCACAGACAAAAGAUGGUGCUAAGGCUGCAAACAUUUGCAUUUGGAACGGUACAAAUAAGGACAAAAAAGUUAUGAUGAAAACUCUAAAAGAACAUGUAAAAAGUAUAGCUACAUCUGAUCAUGGAUCGCUCAUGCUUAUGUGUCUAUUUGAUGCAGUUGAUGAUACUGUAUUACUUAAAAAAAUUAUCAUUCAAGAGAUAAUAAAUAACAUUGAUGAGAUUGCUGCAGACGAUUGUGGUAGAAGAGUUAUUAUGUACAUGGUUGCCAAGAGAGAUUCAAAAUUCUUCCAUCCAACAACCAUAGAUUAUUUGAAACAAGGAGACAAUAAUGAAUUCACUAAAAAACCACAAGAAGUCAAAGCUAAAGAAAUUUUGGAAAGUGUGAGUGAAAAUUUGCUUGAAAGCAUUAGUGAGAAACCUUUAAUGUGGUUGAAUAAUGGUAAAAUUCAAAUAGUUACAUUAGCUAUUUUGAAUAAUUGCAGUGGACCCAAACUAAAAGAAGCUUUUGCUUCUGUAGCAAAAUUCAUUACAGACAUUGAUUCUGUAAUGGACAACAAAGACAAAAAAGAUGAAAAGAUUAAAGCUAUUGAAGAAGCUGGCUUACACAUGACUUUAAAAAAGAUCAUUCAAAUGGACCAGAGCAGAAAAGAAAAACAAGAAACAACUUUUGGAGAGGUUCUUCUCGAGUACCUCACUGAAGAAGUAUUAGAAAAUUGGGUUAAAUUCAAUAGAGGAUGCUUCUUAUUAGUUAAUUUUAUUAAAUGCGAAUCAGAAGAAUGCGUUAAAACUUUGAAAGAAAAGCUUAAAAAUGUUAAAAAUCUGAAGGCAGAGUCAAGUAAAGGAGCAGAGAUAUUGCUUGAAAAUUUGAAUUAAUGUUUUUAUAAAUAUUU